AUGGAUCCCUCGACCAGCUCCGAGUCCGCAGAGAAGUACUAUGUAGCGUACGUGCCAGAAAUGGACAAUUUUGCGAUUGUUGGCUAUCAGCACGUGGAAGAGAACAUGAACGCGGAUGGUACCUUCAACAUCAUGGUUAACGACAAAAAUGCACCCGCCCAAAUCCGGGGUUGUUUUUAUAGUCAACAUGAGGCGAUGCUGUAUGUGAAUUCGAUUGUCAAUCAGAGCAAGCCGGAGGAUCAGCCGAGUACGAGUGCGGCGAGUGUUGACAUGAAGGAGCAGAUGAAUGUGAUACCGUUGGACCCGACGAACUUGGCCAAUUUGGUUGUGAAUGGUAUGGUGUUAUAUGUUAUUUUGAAGCUAAAAGGCUGUAGUUUAUUAAUAUUAAAAAAUAUUUUAAUAAUUUUGGUUUAUGUUAGCUUAUAAAUGGCAUUUUUUUCUUAUAAGUCGUAUUUUUGAGCUUUAAAAUAGAAACAUUAUGUUUUGAUGCAUAAAGAAUGGCGCUUUCUGAAAAGUUUUGUAGGUUUAAAACCAAAAUGCUCUAGGGCAUUAUUUAAGACAGUUUUUUUAGUUGGAGCCGAAGACCUUCGAAAUUUGACGGAAAAAGUAGUGGCAAUCGAAAGCCGGCUGGCACGAAAUGAGGACUUGCUUCUGAAUACCUUUGCCAAGGUACAUAAUGCCUACGAUUUGAUUGUUGCUCAGAAUGACAGUAUUCAAAAGCUGACCGAAAUGGUCGACCGGUCAAAUGGUACCAUUGGUACGAAUGGUGCUGUUAUUACUGUUAGCGCUGGAAUGAAUGAUAAUAAUAAUAUAAAUGGCUUUACUGGAGUAAAUUUUGCGACUGGUGCUAAUAGUACUUCUGGUGUUAAUUCAAUGAGUUCAGGAGCAACUUCUGGAGUCUUUUCCAGUACGUUUGGUGCUGUUUCUAAUACUUCUGGUACUAUGUCAACUUCAUCUGCGAACAGUACGAAUAUGGCUGGUACUCUUUCAGGGAAUAAUGGUUCUGCGGACAAAAAUCAGUACCAAAACAAGUACAAUCCUACGGCGCAGUACCAGACAGUGCCUUCAACAGCACCAUUAAGCAAUACCUACAGUAAUACGGCUUUGAAUACCGAUCAGAUUCCGGCUUCAAACUCAUCGUCAGCUCAGAAUCCGGCUUUGAGAGCCCCAUCGUCACAAACUUCAUCAACUCUCACCAACCUUUUGGCAUCUACAUCAACAUCCGAAGCCAAAUCGUCUGGUACUGGGAAGCAUUUACGUUUGGUACCAAUGCAAAACUACUCAGGAAUGGUACAGCUGCCAACUGGUACUGUUAAGCUGGAGAAUGGGUAUAUUACUCAGCCGGAUUUGAGCAAUUUUGGUGUUAAUAGUACUCUGAACAAGGCUUUGAAGGCGGAAAUGCUUAGUCCUAAUGGUGCCACUAGUACUGUCAACUCAAAUGGUACUAAUAGGAAUGGAAAUGGUGUUAAUGGUACUGCUGGAAAUGUUAGUACUAAUAAUUUUGGAGCAACUGGUACCAAUGGAUCUUUUGGUGCAAAUACAGCUAAUAGCUCGUAUACUACAACUGGAAAUGGCUCGAAUAACAGUUUUGGUACAGCUGGUGUUAACAGCAACAUUAAUACAAGUACUAGUGGUACCAAUAGCAAUUUUGUUACAACUGGUACUAGGAAUAAAACUAGAGGUGGUACUAACAAUCAAAUGAACAGAAAUGGUGCCAAUAAUAGUACGAGUAGUACUAUUAUGGGCAAUACCUCUACUGGAAUGAAUAGUACGAGUAACAUGGCUACAGCUGGUACUUCUGGUACAACUAAUGGAUUUGUGACUGUGAAGUCGGAGUUUCUCAACAAUGGUACCACAAAUUCAAUUUUUAGUAAGCAUGAGGGCAAAUUUUUGCGGUUAGGGGCACAUAAUUAUUUGAAAUACUUAAUAUGACACCUUAAAAUAAACAACCCUCUUUCAGCCACCACCUUGUCUGACCCAAAUCAGCCGUUUGUCGCAACAAAACCAGCCUACAAUUUUAUAACGGAAGCCGACUGUCUAAGCCUAUGGAAAUUGUCAAACAACAACCUCUCUUCCUUCCUCGACCGGUUGAAUCAAAAGGUCUUUGCACUGUCAGAACUACUAAAACCCCUGGAGCAACGCCCUGAGGAAAAAGUGGCUGAACUGAGGAAAAUCAUCGCAUUUUACAGUAAUCCCGGCAAUGUAGCUGCGGAGUUGUUGACCUGGCAGAGCUCUGUAACACAGAUUAACAAUUUUGUGAACAAGGUGUUGCAAAGCGACAUUUUUCAAAACCAAAUCGGGCCGAUGAAGAAGCGAGGUCGGCCAAGAAAGUAUCUGACGCCUUACAACAAUGAGGGCGAGGGAGGUCAGUAG